GGCUGCGGCAGCAGCGUCUCACGUAGCUAAGAUGGCCGCCGCUCUUGAGCGGGUGGCGGCGGCGGUAGUUGGAAUGGGACUGGCGUUACGGAGGGAUCGCUGAAGAAGCUGAGAAUUGCCGGUGUCCCUUAGCGGUGUGCGUUGGGCUGCGGCUGGAGACAGACGCACCAUGCGGCGGAGCUAGAACCGGAGGUUUCCACCGCGAGUAAUGAUGUUACCUGAGACCAAUUUUUCCAUAUGGGGAUGGGGAAGCCUUGUUGUUCUGCUUUUUCUAAUUACAUUUGGACCAUUUGCCAUAUUUUAUUUUGCAUUUUAUAUCUUCUGCUCUUUGGGUGGGGGCUUUGUGGUAACACUUUUGUUUGGAAAAACUAAUUCAGAGAAGUACCUUGGACAGUGUGAAGACUCCUUUCUUCCUCCAACCUCAUUUGGCAUUAAUAAGUGCAUAGAAGAAAUGAAAGAGGAAAGCAAACCUAUUAAGAUUGAUAGGAGGUUAACCGGUGCCUAUAUAAUUGAUGAACCUCUGCAGCAAAUCAUUCAGUUUUCCUUGCGUGACUAUGUCCAGUAUUGGUAUUAUACACUAAGUGAUGAUGAAUCUUUUCUUCUUGAAAUCAGGCAGACUCUCCAAAAUGCACUAAUUCAGUUUUCUUCUCGGACAAAAGAAAUAGAUUGGCAGCCUUAUUUUACUACUCGAAUUGUAGAUGAUUUUACUACUCAUCUGAGAGUAUUCAGAAAAGCUCAGCAAAGAAUAUGUGAAAGAGAUGAUCAGAUUAAAGAUGGAGCAGAAGAUCUUGUAGAUACAUUUUUUGAAGUUGAAGUUGAAAUGGAAGAGACCAUCUGUCGUGAUCUAGUCUGCACAUCUCCCAAAGAUGAAGAAGGAUUCCUAAGGGAUCUGUGUGAAGUUUUACUGUAUUUAUUGCUACCUCCCGGGGACUUCCAGAACAAGAUCAUGAGAUAUUUUGUCAGGGAAAUCCUUUCUCAAGGAAUUCUUCUUCCAUUAAUAAAUCAGCUCAGUGAUCCUGAUUAUAUUAAUCAGCAUUUCAUAUGUAUGAUUCGUGAUUCAAUUUGCAAUUAUGAGGCCUUUAUGAACAUAGUUAAAGUAAGUGAUAAAGUAGGAGAGUUAGAAGCAGUAAGAGAUAAAGCCACAGAAGAACUGCAGUAUCUUCGUUCCUUGGAUACAGCUGGAGAUGAUAUUAAUCAUAUUAAAAAUCAGAUAAAUAGCUUACUCUUUGUUAAGAAAGUAUGUGAUUCAAGAAUACUAAGGCUACAGUCAGGAAAAGAAAUAGAUACUGUGAAACUGGCUGCAAAUUUUGGAAAACUUUGCACAGUCCCUCUGGACAACAUUCUAGUAAACAAUAUUGCACUACAGUUUUUUAUGGAUUACAUGCAGCAGAUGGGAGGCCAAGCACAUCUUUUUUUCUGGAUAACAGUAGAAGGAUACAGGGUUACAGCUCAGAAACAGCUAGAAGUAUUGCUGAACCAUCAGAAGGAUGGAAUGCAUCAAACAACACAAACCAAAGGUCUGUUAAGAACAGCUGCAGUUGGAAUAUAUGAACAGUAUUUAUCAGAAAAGGCUUCUCCAAGAAUUAAUAUUGAUGAUACACUGGUAGCAAAGCUGGAAGAAAAAUUGAAUAAUGAGGACCCAACUCCUGAAAUUUUUGAUCAGAUUCAAAGAAAGGUAUAUGAAUUGAUGCUGCAGGACGAAAGAUUCUAUCCUUCAUUCAAACAGCAUGCACUUUAUGUACGAAUGCUUGCUGAGCUAGAUAUGCUAAAGGAUCCUAGUUUCAGAGGAUCAGAUGAUGGUGAAGGAGAAUCAUUUAAUGGAUCUCCUACAGGCAGCAUUAAUUUGUCACUGGAUGAUCUUUCAAAUGUGACUGCUGAUGAGUCGAUACAGCUACAUGCAUGCAUUUCAGAUACUGUCUGUGCUGAUUAUAAUCCAUAUACUAUGGCAGGAGUUUGUAAUGACCAUGGAAGGACAUAUGCAUUAUAUACUAUAACUGUUCAACGUCGAACUGCGAAUACUAAUGAUGAGUGGAAAACAUAUCGCCGCUACAGUGAUUUUCAUGACUUCCAUAUGAGAAUCACUGAACAGUUUGAAAACCUAGGAAAUUUAUUGAAGCUUCCUGGUAAAAAAACAUUCAACAAUAUGGAUAGAGAUUUUUUAGAAAAAAGGAAGAAAGAUUUAAAUUCAUACUUACAGCUUUUGUUAACACCCGAAGUGAUGAAAGCUUAUCCGGCUUUAGCACACUAUGUGUAUGAUUUCUUGGAAAACAAGGCAUACAAUAAAGAGAAGGGGGAUUUUGCUCGGAAGGUGGACACAUUUGUAAAUCCACUGCGUAACUCUAUGAGAAAUGUUUCAAAUGCUGUCAAGUCCAUCCCUGACAGCUUCACAGAGGGGAUGACAAAAAUGUCAGACAACAUGGGCAAAAUAUCAGAAAGAUUGGGACAAGAUAUAAAGCAAUCAUUUUUCAAGGAGCCUCCUUUAAUGCAGAAGACAUAUGUUGAUCCUAAACACUGUAGGGUUUCAGCACACCUAGAUGAUAAUGUAGAAGACAAUGUACCUCUUAAAAUAAUGCUGCUACUCAUGGAUGAAAUAUUCGAUCUGAAGGAGAGAAAUCAGUGGCUACGACGGAAUAUCAAAAAUCUGCUUCAGCAGCUUAUUAGAGCAAUGCAUGGAUAUACAAUAAAUAAAAAAAUAGUUGAUCAUGUUGAUUGGAUGACAUCUCCUGAGCAAGUAGCAGAUGCAGUUAAACGGUUUAGAGAUGCCUUUUGGCCAAAUGGCAUUUUAGCUGAAACUGUUCCCCACAGAGAUAAUGCAAUCAGAAUGCGAACACGAAUUGCUGCAAAAACAAAACUGCUGGGAGUAAUGCCUGAUGAGUUGAAGCAUAUCCUUGGUGCUGAGACAACAAGAAAAGGCAUUCUCCGAGUCUUUGAAAUGUUCCAGCAUACUCAACUAAAUAAGAGAAUGGUAUAUGUUUUUCUGGAGGGCUUCUUGGAAACCUUAUUUUCAGAGUACGGAUUCCACGAUCUCUUCAAAAACUUGCAUUCACGUUCAAAGCAAAUGCAGAUAUAUAAACAUAAACUACAAUCUACACAAUCAUCUUAUUUACAGAAAAGGUGACACUUCCUACUAUAAAAUUGGUGUCCAUUUGCCCCAAGACCUGGGCAUAUUCUCUGGGGCUUGAAACUCAUGUUGUUAUUCUCACACCAAUCUUUUAGAAUCUUAUAUUAGAUCAUUAAUACAUACAUAAGAAAUGUGGUUCUUCUCAUUUUUCAUCACUAUUGCAACCAUUAUCAUGAACUGGAUUCAUGUGUUUUAAAUGAUUCGUGUAUCUUUGUGUAACAUUGAGAAGAAUACUAGUCUGUUGUGAGAAUCUCUGUCUUUUCCGAAUCUUAUAGAUUGUGAUUGCCAACAAUGAAAAAUGCUAUAUUGGGUCCAUUAAUUAAAGUAAAGCUCAACUUCUAGGGUAGAAAUAGAGGACUUGACUACUUUGCUUGGAACUAGGAGAUUGUGCAAUGUGAGAAUCAGGUGUGAGUUGUUUUGUAUUAUGAGUACCUCCUAGCUCUGCAGAAGUUGGACUGGCAUGAUGAGAAGUCUAGUGGACAAGUGGUUAUAAAAAAAAUCUCUGCUCUCAAAUUAUAUUUCCAAAUAAAUUAAAUAUCUGGAAAACUUUUAUGAACUUAUUAAGAAAGACUUUGUUCACAUUUUACUAUUCAAUGGAAUAGGGUAGAAAUAAAAAAAGAAAUAAACAUAGGUUUAAGGGUCUUGAUACAUUCUUCAAUUUAGUCUUUCAAGGCUACAUAUAACUUUUAAAAGACAAGGCUCAAAACAAUAUUUAAAAUUAAAUCAAGUUAGUACAUUUAUUUCCUUGUUAAUAAUCUGGGAGAUUGGAAGAGAGGCAAAUAAAAGCACUAUGUUCUUGACAUUAAGAGUUUCUUUGAAAAAAAUUGCCCUAUUUGACCUUAAAGAAAUCACUCUGAUACAUUCACUUCAGCUGAUAAAUUACUAAAAUGAAUUGUUACUAAUAUGAAAGUCUUAUGAACUUUCCUAAACAGUCAUCUGCAAACAAUAGCAACUUCCUGAAUAUACCAUAGUGUAUAUAUGAUUAUCAUAGCUUUUAAUAUUUUUUGCAUAAUAUAAAUUUCAAUAAAUCUUUUCUACAUGGAAUACCUCAUCUGUUUUCUUUACUUCCACCACAAUGUCUAAUUAUGAAUGAAGUAAUAAUUAUUUGGACUUGAAUUUACAUCUUUUUUUGUUAUUUUUCUUCAAGAAUCCCCGAGACUACCAAGGAAAUACAGUUUAUUUGUUUCAACUUCAAAUAAUAUAUUAUGUAGUCUAUUUGAAAAGUAGUUUAAAUCCCUAAUAGCCAAACUAUAAUAUCCUUUACUACUCUGAUAUUAAACAUUUUCAUUAAAAAUAUUUGGUUUUCAUUAACAUGAUUUCUUUUGAAGACAUGUUUGACUUUUGAGUGUAAAUACUACUGUAUUUGCAGAGAUCUUGUAACUGAAGUUGCUAUUUACAUUCAGGAGAAAAUAAUAUGCAACUUCAAAAUAAAUGAAAGGUGAAAGGAGCAGCAUUGCUUCAACAAUUUGAAGCUUGCUUAGUACUGGUCAAACUGAAAAAAAAUACAUGUUCAUUGUAAGAAGCAUGUGCUCAAUUGCAAUUGUGGCUUUUUAAAAAAAAAAUUAUUACAGAUUUGUAUACUAUAUGUGUAAUACCUUUUAGUGAUAGCAGGACAGUUUAAGAUAAAAUACAUGAAAUAUUGUUUCCCUGUCUAUCAUGCCCCAUCUUUCUAAAUAUAAAUGACAAUUGACCUUAAAAGUUUUCAUACAAAUAUUCUUUUAUACAUUUCUGAUUCUUGAUUGUCUCUUUUUCCCAUUUCUUAAUGAAAAGAUAAAAAUAGUUUGGCUAUACAAAUUAUAAUGAGAUUUAGAUAUAUAAAUGUUUCUAUUUUUUAAAAAAAUCAAAAUUAUUUUACAUAGAAAAAUAGGACAUCAGUACUGCUAUGGUUAAACUUGGUCCUAGCAUUCUGGUGCUCUUUGCAUUUUAAAUGAAAGAAUAUUGGGUCCUUUGAAUUGCUCCUGCAGUUUAAACCUGCAUCCUCUCAACAGGUCUAUUUGACCUCUUAAUGUCCUUGUGUUCCAGGCAGUUGAUUUUUAAAGUGGUAUGCAGCCAGAAUCUACAUAGACCAUCAGACAAAGGAAACCCAGUGGGAAACAAAUUAGAACUUGCCUUCGAUUUCUUACUUGAAUUAAUUAACUUGAAUUAAUCCUUGUAGAUUACCCAGAUCUAAAAUGCAAAUGGACAAAUCGCAGUCAGGAAAAUAGAAUAUAUCUCUUAUCCAUGAAUAUCAUUUCUAGAUUUUAGGUUUAUUUUCAGUAGUUGAUUUUAGAAAUUUAUUUCAUAAAACAUUUGCAUUAAGGAAACAUAAUAUGCCUUUUAUGUUAAUAGUCACUAUACUAUAGCAUUUUGUCAUCUGUAUUUAGUUUCAAAAUGAGCCCACGGGGAGGAAGCAUGUUGUAUACAUUGCCCUAAUAAAUUAUUAUGGUACAUUGACAUUACAUGAACUGUAGCCCAUCAUUGUAUACCACACAAUUUAGGUUAUUGCUGCACAUAAUUAUCCACAUACAUCCCAGCCUGAGAAUGAUAUGACUAGCCUCUGAAAAUAAAUGUGCCAUUGUCCAACAAAUAUACUUAUUUAGCCUUAAUUUAAGAAAAUGGAUGGUAAGGUUCAAUAUUUCAUAUAGUUCAUCCUCAAGCUUCUGCCUCUGGUGUUGCUACAAAUAAACAAUUUUAAUACUAUCAGAAAGUGUAAUAAUUUUAAAAAAUAAAAUAUGAACUCCGCUCUCAAUUCUAACUUCAGUGCAAUAUUUUCAUGUAAUGCAUGUGUAUUUGAAUAAUUGUAAAAACAUUUUUAAGGUUUUGAGAACAAGGGUAAACUAUAUUAACUAACAAUGUAUAAUAUUCAGUUAUUGCUGCUGUGUUGGCUUAUCUAAGGACUUGUUUUAAAAGUCUGGUUUGUCACUUUGAAAAUCUUUUCUAUGCUCAAAAGAGCAUAGAUUUUUCAAGGAGCAAAAUCUAAAGAGCACAUCAACCUGUAGAAGAUAUAUAAGUGACAUGUGCAUAAAAUUGUAUAGUAUGUGUCAAUUGCGUGCCUAAUGAUUCUAUCAAUAUGCUUUUCUUUAACAAAGAAUGGGGAAAAAUGAAAUGUCAUAGUCUCUCUUGUUCUGAACAGCUGAAAACUCUAAUUUUUUAUUUGGAGUUCCCAUUAUGUUUGUCCAAUGAAUGAGCUUGGAAAAAGUACACUAAUAAAACA